GUCCAAACACCCCAACAACGCCGUGCAAACGAGGCCUUUGCAAAGAAACAAGAAACCAAGCGUGGAAAGCCCGAGCCCGUCCUCAAGAAGAGUGUUCCCCAAAAGAGUCCCNUCGCCUUGCUAUUCGUCGUCUGCGGCGGUCUCGUGUUCGAGCUGUUGCGCAUCAUUGUCGGUUACUUUUGA